GUUCUGUUAAUUCCUAGGCUCUUUGCCCUGGACUGCUUUAUAUACAGCUAUUUAGGCUUGCCUGCUCUGUGAAAUUUACUAUCUGACCCAAGGCAUCAGUACCUAUCUGAUCACCAAAUAAUGGCCACAAAUAAUUAUCAUUCUCCAUUCUUUCUCAACCUAUUCCAUUUCAAUGAUAGACAGUUUUAAGUCUACAAAAAUAAGAUAUUUGGGAAGAUAUGAGCGUGAACAGUUUAGGAAUUGAGUUUUAUUGGCUUCACAAUGGGUGAGAGUGAGAUUUCAUACAACCCAGGAGAGGGCUCCUAUUUUAACAACUUAACUUGCACAUUCAGAUUUCUCAAAUUAUUGAGGACUGGUGACAGGGGAUGGCACAUAGCUUUGUGUCAUAUUUACUAGUUACAUUCAAGAACAAAAGGGCCCUUCCAUCCACUUGUGCCAAGCCUCCGUUUUGCCAGGAAAAAACAGAGGAGGAGAAAAAAGAAAACUGUAAAGAAGUCCUUCAAGGACAAACAUUUAUUUAGCAGCCCCUUUUUAAGAUGUUAGGGAUGCAAAGAAGGAAAAAACUAAAUAUAAAACCUCUUUGAUUCAAAGUGCUCAUAGUUUCACCUUUCCCCUCAGUAGGAUCUCUUCCACAGCAAAAGAUUCACUUAAGUCAAUUUUGUCUUCAUCUCUAAAAACAUAGGGAAAGACCCUGGCGCGAGAGAAAACCCUUUUAUACAGCUGCCAUUCUCUGGGACAGACAAGGGGUACAUUCUAUAACUGAUACGGCAGCUAAAAUGACAAAAGCACAGGAGUCCGGGUUCUCACGGACGUACUUCCUCCAGGAAGACCCAGAAACCUGAAUGGGGUGGGUGGAGGCAUUGUCCCAAGAGAGGUUCCCUGGGAACAAGACGAUUCUGCGGAGCCACUGGCCAAAAAGCACGCUUUCCUAGGGGGUUCCGCCCGUGGUCCACACCCGGAGAAGUGAGAAUUAAACAGAGCUGGAACUGGACCUGGAUAAUCCCCAAGCUCAUCCGCGCUCGGACCGACCCGGGUGCUUAGAAAGAUUCCGAAGUCCGGCUUGAGUAGAAAACUGGACUCUUUUGGGGGAUCCGAUGACCCGACAAGGCAAGGAAGGGAGCCGCAAUGUAAGAUGCCCUAACCAUGCAGGAAAACCACCUUCUACGCAGUGCCUCGGAGGAAAACCAGAACCCCCUGCGCAGCCUCGGCCCGGGCGGGGCAGAACCCUGUCCUGGCCCCGCCCAGUCUGGCCGGAAGCCCUUGCGCAGGCGCAGUGGCGCCGCGUUCCUUCCCCAGCGCGCAUGCUCCAAGGGGCUGCGGCGCCCGUGCCGGUGGCGGCGGUGUAGAGGAAGUUUCCGCUUUGCACUCCACCAGGGUAGCAACUGGGCGGCAGGGACAGCUUCCCCCAGGCGCUCGGCGGGCUUCGCUGCCUCCCAACGUCAACCCAGCCGAAUCAUGGGUUUGCCUAAGGGGUCAGAGGGCCCGAGUCUCCCGGAGGUAGAAACAAGAGAAGAUGAGGAACAAAAUGUCAAGUUGACUGAAAUUCUGGAACUCUUGGUUGCUGCUGGGUAUUUUAGAGCAAGAAUUAAAGGCUUGUCACCUUUUGACAAGGUAGUAGGAGGAAUGACUUGGUGUAUCACCACAUGCAACUUCGAUGUAGAUGUUGAUUUGCUUUUUCAGGAAAACUCUACAAUAGGUCAAAAAAU